AUGUCCACUAGCCAGCCGGUCAUCUUUAAGCCUAAACCGAUGAUAUUCACGCCAAAAUCAGUACAAAGAUCGACAACAAGUGAAGAAUGCUCCGCUGAGCUAGGCCAACGACGACCAGUGCCGAGAGGAGUGCAGAUCUUUACACGUCUCCCAGCCGAAAAGAUCUCCAGCGCAACCAUCGUCAAAGACUUGAGUGCGAAGCAGUCCUAUCCUGCCUUGCAGAGUGUGGAGGCCAGUUCCUCGAUUCCGACUUGUGCCAGCCCAAAGGUGGCAUCGCAGGGGUCCGAGAGUCGUAGUUCAGCCGAACACUCGAUACCAACCAAUGAUAAACAUCAGGAGGUGUUGAGGAAAGAAAGUCAACCGAAGAAGUGGAAGAAUAUGAUUCGAGAGCCCUAUCCAUUAGAAGGCUACAGCGGUGAUCUCGCCUCUUAUGCCAACAACUUUCCAGCGCCCCCCUCGAGGUAUAGUGAAGGUCGCCCCCAGAAAUGCCUCGAGAGAAUAUCCUUGAAUAGCAGUGAUUCCUCGAAUGGAAGCUUGAACGACUCGCUUGGAUAUCGCUCCGAUGGAUGGCAGGAGUUGGCAUCCAACCCAUUCGAUUCGGAUAGGGAGCGCGGGGAAGACGAGGACAAGAGUGAUGAAGGAGGUUACGAGAGUGAUGAUGAGAGGGAGAUUUCGAGGCAGAAAGUAUCAAUCAUUUCCCCUCUCCCAGUCCGUCCUAAGGAGCUGCUUCCUUCUUGGGUAAGAGAUUAG